CCAUCUCUCCAUUCUGGCAUCAUUAAGAAGAGAUGCUACAUGAUUGUCACCUGUACCUGUACAUGAUACAACAUACUUAUUAUUGAACAAAGCGCAUAUUUUUUCGUGUCUUUGUUUAUUAGACAAAUUGGCUAAAUGACUCAAAUAUCUAAGCUAGAAAUUAAUAUCAAGCGACUUUUAACGCGUUGCGAAUUAAUAGCGAAAGAUGAUCCGCAUCAAGACUGGAAACUCGAAAAGUAUAUACUUGCUCUGGAUGACAUGAUAAACAAAUUGCAAACCUUACCAAAUAAACCAUCCAAAGAUAUUAUGAUAGGCUAUACUAAACGGAUAGAUUUUCUAAAAGGGAUAAUAAAUGCAAUGAAAUUAUCAAACCCAGUAGAGAGAGUGAUCGCUGCACAAUUAUUAUCAAAAAAUUCAACUUCUACAAACGAUUCUAUCAAUACAAACAUCACAACGCAAAUACAUCAGAAGACCAUAGCGAAAUAUAAUCGAGAAUUACGGGCGGAGUUAUUUCACACUGACAAAACUACAGAUAAAGAUGGUGUACGACAGAGAUUAUCAAGUUCUAACAUCCAAGAUGAAGAUUUAGAUGCUAUUUUAAAAUACAAUCGUAAUAUCCAGGAGAAAAUUGCUGAGAAUAUGCUCUCCAUGACCAGCAGUAUGAAGGAACAAGCAUUAGCAGCAAACGCUAUCAUUAAAAAGGACAUUGGUGCACUGGAAACAUCUGACAAAUUGACUGACAUUAAUGCUGUUAAAUUAAAGAAAGAAUCUCUAAAGUUAGAAGAGCACACUAAUUCGAAAUGGAGAUGUUGGGUGUGGCUUAUGAUAGCUUUUGUUUUGGUUGUAUUUUUUAGUAAGGUAAAAGUGGUCAGGGCAUUGUGCAAGUACAAUGCACAACGUACAGAAGAAUUAUCAUUCGACGAGGGCGAUCUACUAUAUGUUUACGACAGAGAUACCAACCCAGACUGGUGGAGGGCUAAAUGCGGAGAUCAGAAGGGACUUAUACCUGUUGCUUACGUGAAAGAGCAAACGCAAGAAAUCGAGUUGCCACUGCAUGAUGCUGCUAGACGUGGCAAUGUCUCCUUCCUGAGAGAAUACUUGAAGCAGGGUAUAUCGGGGACCGGUUUAGAUGCAGCCGGGAACACGCCGUUGUAUUGGGCAGCACGUACUGGCCAUCUGGAAUGUGCAAGCGAGCUUCUCCAUCUGCCAAAUCCUGUGAUAAAUGCUCAAAAUAAAAUGGGUGACACGCCACUACAUGUGGCAGCGAGUCAUGGACACUUGGAGAUGAUAAAUUUAUUGUUGGAACACAAUGCAGACACGACAUUGAAGAAUAAUGACGGUUUCACCGCAGAGGAAUUAUCCUCUGAUGCAUCCAUCAAAAACGCAAUACAAUUGUGGCAACGUCGAUACGAUAAUAGUACAUGUGGAUACGGCGAUGAAGAUUAUAACGAUAGCGACGAUAGCGAUUGAGAAAUUUCAAGUAAGAUAAGAAUUCCAUAUGUUAUAAACAAAAUAAGUAUUUCACGUAUAACAUAAAAUAAGAAUUUUAUAUAUCAAACAAUAAUGUUAAUGUCUAAAAGAUCUUUCAAAUAAUGCUCAUAUGCUUUAAGAAGCAUUCUUUUAUACUUGUGUGAUAUAUAUUCGUAAUAUAUAUAUCGUCGUAUUCGUUAUAUAUGUAUUAUACAUCGUCUAUUAUUAAUAUGAAAUAAUGAGUUAAAAUUCUCUUUGAUUGAAAGAGAUUGACAUAUAUUAUUAUUAUUAUAUUAUUAUAAAAAGAUCAUGUACACCAUAAACACAUAUACAUGUGUGUCGUA